AUGGCCACACCGGCGCGUGGGGGACUGCCCAUCCAUGCUAUGGAUCAUUUGGCCUCGGAAACGACGUCCGACAACAAGGACUCUACAACAACCACAACGACCGCACCCCCGACCCCGACGCGCACACGUGGUGCCGCUGCGUCGGAGGCCGAACAAGAAGCCAUCAACGAAUACUGGCGCCAGUCCCGACUAUCCUUGCCAGACGUCGUCCGCAUCCCGCUCGCUACGAUGGCCUCGUUUACUGUUGGCAUGGGCCUCGGUAUUGCACAUGGCAGCACCAUGGCCGGCAUGCGCUUCCGCGCCGAGCACGCGCACAAGCUGCCGACAUCUACCACGGGCUGGUACCUGUACCACAAGUCUAAAAACUACCAUGUGGCGUACGGCGGCAUCCGCGAGGGCCUGCGCAUGGGUGCCAAGGUGUCAGUGUGGACGACGGCCAUGUUUGGCAUCGAGACGCUGUUUGACCACUACCGCGACACCAAGGACGUGGCCAACACGGUGCUGGCCUGUGUCACGGUUGCCGGCGGCUUUAGUCUAUGGAACCGCUUUCCCCUCGCGACAGCGGCACGCACAACCAAGACGGCCAUCCUCGUGGGGUUUGUAUAUGGCAGCCUACAGGACCUCGCAGGUCUCGCGCGGGGACGUCGGAUCAGCUAUGUGGAUUAUGUGCAGCGGAAGUUGAAAAGCCGGAGCCAGCCUGAGGUGCCUGACACGCCAGCUGUAUUGCAGGAAGACACACGAGUCAUAACGAAAUAA